AUGUCUACCUUAGAUAUCGUAGAAGUCUACGCAACAUAUACAACUCAGCUGCAACUGCAAGCCCGAAACAGCCCUACCAAGGGUCUCCUGAUCCACUUGAACCUCCUUCGGGAAGAACUCGACAUUGUAAUGAGUACUAUCAGAAAACAAUUCGAACUGACACAGAGCCUAUGCAAGCCCAAGGCAUCCGAUGAUAAGGGCGGCUGGGGAAUGGAGGUUGAUAUCGACGAUACCGCAAAUCGAAUGGCUUUCGAAUGGCUGUACUCUACCACACCCGAUGACCAUAUCGUGCUCAACAUGUCCACGCGGAAGCUCUUGAAGGCGAUGCAAGCGAGUCUCCAGGAGAAAAUUUAUGUUCUCGACGAGCUAGUCAAGCGCGCCGAGCGCCUUGAGCAACACUCCCAUCAGAUUGUCCAACGGGUCGAUAUCAUCCAGGAAGACCACGGCAAAGCUACCUUAAUUUUCACGAUCGUGGCGACGAUUUUCCUCCCUCUCUCGUUUGUUACGAGCUACCUGGGCAUGAACACGGCGGAUAUCCGGAAUAUGGAUGCCAAUCAGGCGAUCUUCUGGGAGGUGGCGACUCCUGUCACUGUGGCUGUUGUUGUGGUGGUCCUGUUAGUGGCCUACAAUGCCAGCCGCAUUGUGGGCUUGUUACCUCAGAGGCAAGUCUAG